GCGUCCCGAUGCAUAGAGUGGCCCUGAAUCGCUGCGUGCCGCGUCGCUACGUGUCAUUUCGACUCAUUUCGCUCGGCCGGCAAGUCGAGCCGGUGUCGAGGCUGCCGAGACAGACUGUGCCCCCAGUGCCCCCAAGUGCCGCGCCGCCGCGCCCGUCGCGCUCCAGCCAGUGUGGGACUUAGUCUGCAGUGAACGCCCGCGGGCCACCCGUCGACCAGCUCCAGCGAAAAAGGCAUUGCAGGCAGCACCAUGGCCAGCCUAGUGGUGAGCCUCAUAGACGGCUACCAUGACCUCAUGGACAACAAGGGCGACCCGCGCGUCAAGGACUGGCUCCUCAUGUCGUCGCCCUUCCCCACGCUCUUCAUCUGCCUCACCUACGUGUACUGCGUCAAGUCGCUGGGCCCGCGGCUCAUGGCGAACCGGAAGCCCUUCGACUUGCGCAACGUCCUCAUCGCCUACAACGCCUUCCAGGUCGCCUUCUCCGCCUGGCUAUUUUACGAGGCCUGCGCCGGCGGCUGGCUCGCCGGGUACAGCCUGCGGUGCGAGCCCGUGGACUACUCCACCACCCCCAAGGCCAUGCGAGUGACGGCCGGCUGCUGGUGGUACUACAUCUCCAAGUUCACCGAGUUCUUCGACACGAUCUUCUUCGUGCUCCGGAAGAAGGACAAGCACAUCUCCAAGCUGCACGUCAUCCACCACGGCAUCAUGCCCAUGAGCGUCUGGUUCGGCGUCAAGUUCUUCGCUGGCGGCCACGGCACCUUCUUCGGGCUGCUCAACACGUUCGUGCACAUCGUCAUGUACUCGUACUACCUGCUGGCGGCCCUCGGCCCCCAGGUGCAGAAGUACCUCUGGUGGAAGCGGUACAUCACCGUGCUGCAGAUGGUCCAGUUCGUGCUCGUCAUGAUCCACUCCUUCCAGCUUCUGUUCAUCGAGUGCGACUACCCCAAGGCGUUCUGUGGCUGGAUCGGCAUGCACGCCGUCAUGUUCUACUUCCUCUUCUCCGACUACUACAAGCAGGAGUACCUCAAGAAGGAGGCGCGACGAAAGGCCGUCAACGACAAGAAGGCCGAGGACGAGGCCCUGAAGGCCGCCGCCGAGGCCCAGCUCUCGGACGGCGCCACGGGCAACGGGCUCUACCAGGACCCCGGCAAGCUGAUGCAGGCCUCGUACGUGGACCCCAACGCCCCGGACAACGCGCUGCGGCAGCGGGCCUUCGUCACCUCGCGCUGAGGGCCUGCCGGCACUGCCAGCACUGCUGCAGCACUGCCAGCACGCAGUAUGAGAAGUUCGUCCCGUGCUGCGGGUGAACCCCGCCCCGCCCCGCACGCCCCGCCCGCGCGGCGUGCGCCUGCGGUUCAAGCUGUGAUCGCUCACUCGGUGGCGGCGCACUGUGACCUGGUGCAAACGAGACAGUGACGGGGACAGAAUGUGUGUGUGUGAGUGAGAGGCCGAGUGAAUGUGUGAGUGAGUGAGUGCCAAGGAGCCCCGUCGUUACACUGCCGCUGUCCUGCGGUUCCUGCGGGUCCUGCGCCGCCCGCCCGACGCGCCCAUUAUUGUUAGUGUAUUGUUAUGUAUUGUAAUGUAUUGUCAUAAUCCCUGAGGACCUGGCGUCCUGCCCGCAGUGAGUCUGCGCUUUAAGACUUUAGUGUAAUACGCAUCGCUCAACAAGCACCCCAUGAUCGUAGUCUAUAUUGUCAUUGUCAUACCUUCGGCGUGCAAGAGCCGUCAUCACCCAUUGCCCGACGCCCUGCCGCCCUGCCGCCCUGCCCCAAGCAGCCCCAGACUUCCAGUUUUGUGAAAAGGAAGACAACCGACUAAAAUUGAGACUACUGACGUCGAAUCGACUUGGAGUUGACCUGUACUGGCCCCUAAAUUCGACUUGUUUUUGGCCUUCAUCGUCGAAUUGAAGUCGGUUGGACACAUCGGUUUUCACUUCGGAAACGAGGCAACCGUGACGAUUUUCUAGUCCGGGAGCAGUUGAUUCCUGCAUUGAAUUCUCAUUCUGGGUGUGCAGCCAUUUCAUGUGACUCAGUAUUCACAAGUCGCAAAUGAUUGCCUAUAUUUCCUUAAAGGCCAUGAUCCUGAACGUCGCAAUAAGAGCGCCUGCCAAAACGGUUGUGUAUACGUAUGUCGCUCCUACGCGACCUCAACGCUUCCAUCGAGUUUAUUCUUUUGUAUCCAUCAAGCUGUACUUAAUUAAUUUAUUUUUACUUGCGUAUUUUAACUUAGGUUUUCCUUUUUUGAGGUAGGUGAAGAUAGAAGUGGAAGUUGUCAAGGAGAGAAAUUGCCAACGGUAAUAGCUAAUGCUGUGAUUUCUCUGCCAGUAGAUGUGUCCUGUCGAUCUUUCAAAAAAAUGCAUAAGAUUUAUGGUGGCAUUUUCACAAAAUAUGCUCACCAUUUUAACUUGUUAUUAAACAACUGUAAUUUGUUAGGAAAGAGAAAUGUACAAUAAAUAAGCUUAUGUCUGA